AUGGCCUCGUACAAGACAGGAACAUGGGCCUCUCUCUUUCUUGUAGUCUACGCCACCCUCUUGUAUUGUUCGUGGAACUGGCUGAACUCUAUUGUUGAGUGGUACGGAGAGAACCACAACACAUCGUCUGGUUGGCUUGCGGUUUUCGCUUCGGUGCUUCUUGGAGCAGUAAUCGGAGUUCUGUGGAUGGCGACGUCGGCCCUGUUCAUAGCUGUGCCGGCCAUCGUUGUGAUAUGGGUAUUAGCGGUGGUGAUGAUGGUGUUCUCAUGGAGAUGGAGUAGGAUAGUGAUGGUUGAAGGAAGGCAAGUGGCGAGAGAGAUCGCUGGGUUUGUGUUUAAAGUUCUACUUAAAGUAGGAUUUUUUGUGGCUCUUCUUUCUGCUCUUCUUGCUUACUUCGUCUUAUUCAACUCUUACUCUUCCUCCUCCUGA